AGAUGAACUCGAAACUGUCUGUCAGUAGCAGACGUGCAGACCUACUCAAAGAGCCUCGCGCGUAAACUCACGGACCAUAUAGCGCAUUUCAUGGAGAGCCAUAGAUGACAAGACCUGCACGCACGCGGCGGGUUGCUCUCAGCAUCUACAAGGGUCUCUGAUGUGGAACAUGGCGAGGGGGGUGAUAGGAGCUCAUUUCCUCGCUGCAUUUUUGAUUUCUUGGGUAACAGUUUGCAGGGACGCAUAUGGACAAGAAACUUUUACGGACUUGGGGUUCAGUUUGAAUCCACCGUACUUCAACCUCGCUGAGGGGUCCAGUAUAUCUGCCAGUGCAACCUGUGGCCAGGAUGAGGCUGGUACGCCGAGAUUUGAUUUAUACUGCAAGCUUGUCGGAGGACCCACUACUAACCUUCAUACUCAAAAUAUCAAGGGUCAGUUUUGUGACCACUGCAACUCCAUGGAUCCAAGCAAAGCCCAUCCGGUGGGCAAUGCCAUUGAUGGGACAGAGCGUUGGUGGCAGAGCCCUCCUCUCUCCAGGGGAAUGGUCUACAAUGAGGUGAAUGUUACCCUGGACCUUGGGCAGCUAUUCCACGUGGCCUACAUCCUUAUCAAGUUUGCUAAUUCACCUCGUCCUCACCUGUGGGUGCUGGAGCGAUCUGUAGACAAUGGCAGAACAUUCACGCCCUGGCAGUACUUUGCACAUUCAAAGCAUGAGUGCUUUGAAAGGUUUGGAAAGAGGCCAAACGCUCGUAUUAUAAAUGAUGAUGACCAGCUCUGCACCACAGAACACUCACAAAUCAUUCCUUUGGAAAAUGGAGAGAUUGUAGUUUCUCUGAUAAAUGGGCGGCCAGGGUCCAAAAACUUCACCUACUCGCCAGUGCUUCGAGACUUUACAAAGGCCACCAACAUUCGGCUGCACUUCCUCCGCACCAACACUCUGCUAGGCCACCUUAUCUCCAAGGCCCAGAGAGACUCCAGCGUCACACGGAGGUAUUACUAUAGUAUCAAAGACAUCAGCAUCGGGGGACGCUGCGUUUGCCAUGGUCAUGCCCAGGUGUGUGGCGCUGGGCACAAUCAGGACAACCCUAACAGACUCCAGUGUGAGUGCCAACACAACACCUGCGGUGAGUCAUGUGACCGCUGCUGCCCAGGCUUUAACCAGAAGCCAUGGCGCGCUGCAACUGUUGACAGCCCGAAUGAGUGCCAGCCCUGCCAGUGUUUCUUCCAUGCCGUUGACUGUUAUUAUGACCCAGAAGUGGAAAAGAGGGGAGCAAGUUUAGACACCUUCGGCAGGUAUGAUGGAGGAGGAGUGUGCAUCAACUGCCAGCACAACACUGCUGGCGUGAACUGUGAGAGAUGCCGUGAAGGUUUCUACAGACCUUAUGGGGUUCCUCCUGAGUCUCCCACUGGAUGCAUACCCUGCAGAUGUGAUGAGAGGACUACAGCUGGCUGUGAAAUGGGAUCUGGAAGAUGCUUCUGCAAGCCACGGUUUGCUGGAAAAAACUGUGACCGUUGUGCUGAUGGAUACUCUAACUACCCCCAUUGCAUUCGAUACCCUGUUUACCCGGCCACCACCAAAUCUCCUGCAGGCCCUAUUGUGGGGCCCACUGCCUGCCCCCCAGGUUAUUUCAACUCACCCAACUGUCAACCAUGUAUUUGUGACUACAGAGGAACAGUGCAGAGGAUAUGUGAUGCUACAGGCCGUUGCCUGUGCAGUCAGGGUGUGGAAGGAGAGCGAUGUGACCGCUGCCGAUCUGGAUACCACUCCUUCCCAAACUGCCAGGCGUGUCGAUGUGAUGGAGCUGGCGUGUCCGAGAGUGUAUGCAGUCCAAAUGGCCAGUGUAUCUGCCUCCUUAACUAUGAGGGACAGGAAUGUGAUGAGUGUGCACCAGGUUACUACGGAUAUCCGGACUGUGCUGCCUGCCAGUGUUCACAAGAAGGCUCAUAUAGCACAGCAUGUAACUUGCUGUCGGGUCAGUGCCUCUGUCUCCCAGGUGUGGUGGGGCAGAAAUGUGACCGUUGUGCCUCUGGGCUAAGGUUCCCCCAGUGCUCAGACUCCAUCAAUGUGUGUAACGCAGCAGGAACAGAGGUUUCUGAUCCCCAAACAGGCUUAUGUCGCUGCCUACCAAAUGUAGAGGGAAGCCUGUGUGACAGGUGUAAACCUCUCUACUGGAACCUCGCUACAGAAAACUCUCGUGGCUGUAUAGAGUGUCAGUGUGAUCUCAAGGGGACACUGAGUGGUGUUGGAGAAUGUGAACAGAGAAGUGGAUGGUGUCACUGUAAGCCCAAUGUGUGUGGCCACGCAUGUGAUUCCUGCAAGAAUGGAUACUUCCUGCUGCAGAAAAAGAAUUACUUUGGUUGUCAAGGUUGUCAGUGUGAUGUUGGAGGUGCCAUCGGUAUGGCAUGCAAUGAGAAAUCAGGACAGUGUCAGUGCCGGAAGAAUGUAAUUGGCCGCAAAUGCACAGAGCCAGCAUCCAGCUACUACUUCCCAACUCUGCACCAGCUGAAGUUUGAGGUGGAGGAUGGUACAACACCAAAUUCAAGACCAGUACGCUUUGGUUAUGACCCCCAGCAAUUCCCAGAUUUUAGCUGGAAGGGUUAUGCUAUAAUGUCCCCUGCACAGAAUGAAGUCAGAGUAACAGUGCAUGUUGAUCCAAAAGAUGGGAGGCAGAAUUUAUUCCGUGUGGUUCUGCGGUUCAUUAACCCCAGCAGCAUCAGUGUGACUGGUAGCAUCAAGGCUACCAAUAACAGAGGCACUGCAGGGACUGAUCAGAGUAAAGAAAUAAUAUUUCCUCCGAGUCCCUCCCCAUCCUUCAUCACUGUACCAGGAGAGGGCUUCGCUGAGCCUUUUGCAUUGAAUCCUGGGAAUUGGAUCAUUCACAUAAGGGCAGAAGGGGUUCUCUUGGACUACUUAGUGCUGCUGCCUCGGGAUUACUAUGAGGCUUCUCUGCUUCAGGAAAAGAUCACUGAGCCCUGCACAUACUUACGCUCCGCAAACAAGGAUGCAAACUGUUUGUUGUAUAAGCAUGUAGCCAUGGAUGGCUUCAGUUCUGUGCUGGGCUCGCAGGGAAGACUCUCCACCCGGAGAGGGCGGAGAAGGAGGCAAGCUCGUGUGCAGCGCCCUACCCCGGACCACCCUGAGAUGGCUGCUCUCAAUGGGAGACAGUCACAGCUGGACCUCAUUCUUCGUGUACCUCAUCCAGGCCCAUAUGUUCUUAUCUUUGAGUAUGCCAGCGAGGUUGACACUGUUCAGAAUGUUAACAUACUCAUCAAUGGUCAGUCAGAUCGACAGAUUUUGGCUCGGGCCAACAUUUAUAGUUGUGCCUUCAGCACCUUGUGCCGUAGUGUGGCAGUGAACAGCAGAAACCAAGUAGGAAAGCUUCAGCUUUCUCACAAGACAGAGAUUCUUCUGCAAACGUCCACCACUUCAUUCCUUCUGUAUAAAGUCUAUGCCGUCCCUGCUGAAGAGUUUUCCAUUGAGUAUGUGGAGCCAAAGGUGCUGUGUGUCUCAAUUCAUGGUCGCUUCACAGAAGACAGUCGAGACUGUGUUCUGCAGCAGUUUGAUAAGCCCACAUCAGCCUGGGUUCUGUACGCGGCCCGUGAUGGGCGGCUGUCAUCCACACUGCAGCGAGGAGAGAAUGAGGAGUGGAGGCGGAGACGGCAGUCAGGGUUGUUCUCUGUCCAUGUGCCUCAAAGCGAUGGGACGCUGCUUAAAUUCCCUCAGACGGAAAUCAGUUUCACUCCAACGGUUCCCCUCCCAGGCCGGUAUGUGGUUGUGGUCCACUAUCACCAGCCUGAACAUAUCUCCUUCCCUGUGGAAGUGCAAGUUGAAGCAGGGCGUUUAUGGAAAGGUGUGAUAAAUGCAACCUUCUGCCCUGCAGUCUCAGGCUGCAGGGAGGUUGUCAUUGCUGAUGACCGCAUUGCCCUCGACUUUGACCAGAAUUCUUGGCAGCUACCCACCAUCUCUGUGAUUGUACCAACUAGGAAGACCCUUAUUCUGGACUAUAUCAUGUUGGUUCCUGACAGCAGUUACACCCCAGAGCUCCUGAACGAGAGGCCUCUGGAGAAAUCUGCAGAUUUCCUUCAGCAGUGCAGAGGAGAAGGGUUCUACAUUGACCCCAGAACUUCUUCUCAGUUCUGCAGAGACUCUGCCCGCUCUCUCAUAGCAGCUUUUAAUGAUGGAGCUCUGCCUUGUGACUGUGACAAGUCCGGCUCUACAGGGACUGUGUGUGAUCCAGUUGGAGGACAGUGUCCCUGCAGGCAGCAUGUCAUCGGGCGUCAGUGCACAAAAUGUACCACGGGAUACUAUGGAUUUCCCUACUGCAGACCAUGUGAAUGUGGCCGCCGGCUGUGUGACGAAGUGACAGGACGCUGCAUCUGCCCUCCACAGACAGUCAAACCGGCCUGUGAUGUGUGUCAGAAUCAGACUUUCAGCUACCAUCCUUUACUGGGCUGUGAGAACUGUUUAUGCUCUCCAGAUGGCAUAAAUACAAAUGCAGGACUUCAGUGUGAUCUCAUUACUGGACAGUGCAGUUGCAAGCCUCGUAUCGGUGGUCGGCAGUGUGAUCGUUGUGCUGCGGGUUAUUAUCGCUUCCCCGACUGUAUUCCUUGCGACUGUAAUCAAGGUGGAGUCACAUCUGAUGUGUGCCACCCAGACACAGGCAGGUGUCUUUGCAAGAAAAAUGUUGCUGGCAUCAGGUGUGAUACUUGUCAGAAAGGUUCCUUUUAUUUUGACCCCUCCAACCCACUUGGCUGCACCAGCUGUUUCUGCUUCGGGGCCACUGACCAGUGUCGGAGCUCCAGCAAACGCCGGGGAAAGUUUGUUGACAUGCGGGGCUGGCGUUUGGAAAGCCCCGACAAAGAAGAGGUUCCUUCUGUGCUGAAUGUAGCCAGUAACACAGCAGUGGCAGACAUCCAGGAGCUCCCCCCCACAGUUCAAACUCUACACUGGGUGGCACCACCGUCCUACCUGGGAUACAGGGUUUCAUCUUAUGGCGGUUUCCUCACCUACCAGUCUAAAACUUUUGGGAUCCCCAGUGAGGGGAUGACUUUGAUGGACAGACGACCUGAUGUUGUGCUGACUGGUCAGGAUAUGAACCUGAUCCACAUGGCUUCAGCCAUUCCACUUCCAGACAGAAUGUAUCAGGGACGAGUUCAGCUCAUAGAGGGAAACUGGCGCCAUGCUGGUACAAACAGGCCCGUGUCCAGACAGGAACUCAUGAUGGUCUUGGCAGGUCUGGUGGGCUUGAGGAUCCGAGCCCUUUAUUUUACUCAAAGUCAGCGACUUAGCUUGGGGGAGGUGGGCCUGGAAGAGGCCACUAACUCAGGGACUGGAGGUCAUGGAAAUAACGUGGAGAACUGCUUCUGCCCCUCUCAGUACACUGGAGACUCCUGUGAGAAAUGUGCUCCCGGAUACUACAGAGAUGGAAGGGGGCCCUACCUGGGCAACUGUGUGCCCUGUGACUGCAAUGGUCUCGCUGAUGAGUGUGAGGACAGGACAGGGAGGUGUCUAAGAUGUCAGUUCAACACGGCUGGAGACCGAUGUGAACGCUGCAAGGAAGGUUAUUAUGGCAACGCAGUGCAGAGGACAUGCAGAGUGUGCCCAUGCCCUUUCUCUGUAGCCACAAACAGUUUUGCAGUAGGGUGCAGGGAGGUGUAUGGAGAAAUCCAGUGUGUAUGCAGAGCUGGCUAUUCUGGAGAGCGGUGUGAAAGUUGUUCUUCUGGUUACUAUGGCAACCCACAACAACCAGGAGGAAGUUGUAAGCCGUGUAAUUGCAAUGGCAAUGGUAACAACUGUGAUCCCCGAACUGGAGUCUGCAAGAACACCCUGGAGCCAGGAGACACUAACACAGAUGAACAUUGCCAAGAGUGUGAUAGUUGUGCCCAGACUUUACUGUAUGACUUGGAGAAGUUUGAUAAUGAGCUGACAAACAUCAAAGCUCAGCUAGACAACGCCUCUGCCAGUGUUACCUCUCAGGAAAGAAUGAGGAAGCUCGAGAAAGCUGUGUCAGACACCAAGGUUCUUGUCAACAAAUUCAGCUCUGCCAUUAACGAUCAAAAAUCCAGAGUAGAACAGCUGGAAGAGGACACGGCCAGCCUCGCAGAUGACAUCAGUUCCCUUAAAAACAAAGCAGACAAGAGGGCUACUGAGGCUGACAAAGCAGUGGCAGAUGUUGAAAAAACCCACAAGAGGGCAAAGGAUCUGGACGCAGAGAUUAAAAAUAUGCUGAAGAAAAUCAAAGACCUACUGGACCAGCUGAAAAACAGUGAGAGCAGAGGUGAUUCGUUUCCCAAUGACAGCUUAGCUAAAAUGCUGGAGGAUGCUCAGCGCAUGGUGAAAGAGAUGGAGAACAGGAACUUUACUCCUCAGAAGACGGCUGCUGAGAAAGAAAAAGAUGAGGCUAAGAAAUUGUUAGACUACAUCAAGGCUAAUGUGAGUAAGCAGUGUGAUGAAAAUGAAGCAGCAGCAGAAAAGAUUCGGAGCCUUUUGAAGAAUUACAACACCAAGCUGAACGACCUCGACAAGGCUUUGAAGGAGGCAACAGACUUGGUGAAAAAAGCCAAUGCCCAGAAUGAUCUUAAUGCUCAGAAACUGAAAGACCUGCAGAAACGCAUUGAGGAUCUAAAAAAGGAGCGCAAAACUGUUGAGGACAUGAUGGCUGUGGCUGAGGGUGAACUGCAGAAAACUGAGGAUUUGUUGAAAAAUCUCUCUGACAGUAAAAUGGAGUAUGAACAGCUGGCAGCACAGCUGGAUGGUGCAAAGACUGAUUUGACUAAGAAAGUGAAUGAAAUUACCAAGGCAGCAGCCAAGAAGGACAUUGUGGAGGCUGCAGAGGAACAUGCAAAGUCACUAAAUAAGCUAGCACAAGACCUCGAGGAUGCUGUGAAAAAUGCAAGUGGACUUUCUGAGGUGCGUGAUGCAAGAGACGCUAUUGAGGCCUACAAGAACAUCACAGAUGCCAUCAACGCUGCUGAGGCAGCUGCUAAUGAAGCCAAAGAUGCUGCGGACAAUGCCCUGGAUAAUGUACUAAAACAGAAACUCCCACAAAGAGCAAAAGACCUAAAAGAGACUGGUGAAGACCUGCUGAAUAGUGCAAAGGAGGCUGACAAAGACCUUACAGAUGCAGCCAGAAACCUCACUGACUUGACGAAGCGCCUGACCAAAGCCAAGAAGAAGAAGGAAGCCCUUGAGAAAGACCUGCUUGAGGCACAGAGGCAAUUAAAUGACACUAAGAGAGAUGACAUUGGGAAUAUGAUUGAAGAGGCAAAGAGAAAGGCAGCUUCAGCUAAUGACACAGCCACCAACACGAUUGACCAACUCAAUGCCAUCAGAAAGGACAUUGAUAAGAUCAAUGUCCCUCAAGAGGCAUCUAACCUAAGCCAUGUACUAGAUGAUGUGGAUCAGUCUGUGAAGAAUUUGUUGAAAACUAUCCCAUCUCUGAAUGAUAAGAUCUCAGAGGUGGAGAAUCUGACCUCACAGUUCUCACCGAUUAACAACAUAUCUGAAAGCAUAAAGAACAUCAAAGAGCUCAUCGAAAAAGCCAGGGAUGCAGCCAACAGGAUUGUGAUCCCCAUGAAGUUUGGAGGUGAUGGUCAUGUGGAGAUGCGUCCUCCGAAGAAUCUGGAUGAUCUGAGAGCCUACACAGCCCUGUCUCUGUCGCUGCAGAGACCUCAAGGCAGGGGAGAUGGAAGACGCAGACGCAGACAGACCAGAGAACAAGAGGACUUGUUUGUGUUGUAUCUUGGUAGCAGAAAUUCUUCGAAGAAUUACAUCGGUAUGUGUUUGAGGAACAACGUUUUGUACGGUGUGUACAAACUCAAUGGAAAGGAGUAUGAGAUGAAAUCAGGAUACAUUACUAAAUCCCUGUCUGAGCCAGCCAAAUUUGACAGAGUGGACCUCUACAGAAUUUACCAAGAUGCAGAGAUUAGCCUUACCACCGAUAUAACCUCAACCACACCUGGUGACCCAGUUAAAAGCAAUUGGAAAGGUGUGGAGACUAAGGAUCUUCUGGAUGUCAGUCCUGAUGACAUUGUCUUCUAUGUCGGAGGUUACCCUGCCAAUUUCACUCCUCCAGCUUCUCUCAGAUACCCUAUGUACAAGGGCUGCAUUGAGUUUGUCUCCUUUAAUGACAAAAUUGUGAGUCUCUAUAACUUCCAUAGAGCAGAGAAAGUAAAUUUGGAGACUCCAUGCAAGAGAUAUGUACCUCCAUUGGAUUCGGACUUCUAUGAAGGCACGGGAUAUGGCAAAGUGCUGAUAGAUAAAGUACCACUCUAUCUCCAAAUCAGUAUGACAAUCUUUGCUCGUUCAGAAAACGGUCUGCUUUUAUAUAUGGAAGUGGGGGACAAUUACGUAACUGUGACAAUGGAAAAGGGUGUCAUAUAUACACGCAGUAAUCUCCUUAAAACACCAGAACAACAAAACACAAAAACGUUCCCGACGAGUGACUGGACAGAAAUGAACAUCGUGAUCAAAAACGUUGAGUUAGUUAAUAUCCGGUUUGGCCCUGGAUCUUCCACAGCCAAAUUUCAGUUUGAGAGCCAAAAACUUACAGAAUUUUACAUUGGUGGUGCACCAGAACAGCUCAGAGAAAGACAUAACAUCACCAUACAGCCAUUCAAAGGAUGCUUGAAGAAUUUUAAGCUGAAUAAAAACUUUAAAGUUAUUGAUGAGCAAGUCGGAGUCAGCAAAGGUUGUCCCACAGAUUCACUGGUUUCACGCAAAGCACAGUUCAGCCCAGGAAGCUCCCUCUCAGCUAACCUCAACGGCUUCAAUCUGGACCAAGAUAUGGUUUUCUCUCUUGGAUUCAAGAGCACAGAGAAUCAGGGACUUAUUUUGCAGGACAAACAGCUGGCUAACGAGAUUACGCUAACAUUGGAAAACGGUCAUGUGAUUCUACGCUUCAAUGACAUGUUGUGGAAAUCUAACAAACAGUACCAUGAUGGGCAGUGGCAUUACUUGACUGUCACCAAAAGUGCCGGAAGGACUGAGCUGCGCAUUGAUGAUGAUGAUAAGGGUCAAGAACAGAGAGCCGUCAGUACCUUGACAGAGUCACCAGUCCCAGAUGGCUCUGUGGUUCUUGGGAGUGAGAUGUUUAAAGGCUGCAUUUCCAACUUCUACACUAGACGGCCAAACAACCUGUACAAGCCAGAGGACCUCAGUUACUUCAAGGCUUCUGAAGAUGUGCUACUGGAUGUGUGUUCGGUUGACAAACCUGUUCAGCUCAUGCUGGACCGCAACUCUGAAAGGGGUGCUGUAAUACAGGUGAUAAAUGAAAGUGUAUCACCAUGUUUAUUACCAGCCUUGGUUCAACAUGCCUAUCGGAUGGGGGGGCCAGUUAGCGUCCUUAGUUACAGUCUUCCACUUCAGGUCCUGCAGCCCAGGCCUCACUUCUCCCUGGAUGUCAGAACUCGGUCUUCUGAAGGUCUGCUGUUCUAUGCUGCAACCAGAGGAGGGCGAUCUCAUCUUGCCUUAUACAUGUCUAAAGGCAGGAUUAGGCUGUCCGUGGACAAAGACAGGGAGAUCUUAAACAGAGAAAAGUACAACGAUGGAAAGUGGCACUCGGUUAUAUUCAGUUUGGAGAAGAAGAAGUUCCGAUUGGUUGUGGAUGGGAUCAGAGCCCAGGAUGGUCAGCUGACCAACGCUGAGCUGAGAUCUAUGCAGCACUUCAUGUCACCUGUAUAUCUGGGUAGUGCUCCAGAAUCACUUCACAAAGAGUUAAAGUCAAAGGCCCUUCCAAAGCAGAGUGUGUCCGGCUGUGUGCGCAAUUUUAAAAUGAAUGGAGAACUGAUGACAAAUUCUUCUACAAACCGUGGUGCGGGGCCCUGCUUCGAGGGACAGACACAAAAAGGGGUGUAUUUCUCAGGGAAUGGAGCACAUGUCAUUUUUAAUGAUUCCUUUGUUGUGGGCUCCACCUUUGAGCUUCUGUUUAACAUUCGCCCACGGAGUCAAACUGGACUCCUGCUUCAUGUUGGUGGUUCCAGCAUGGCCCGUUAUGGGCCUUCUACGGGCCACUUUCUCACCGUCUAUAUGCUCAGAGGACAGGUUGUGGCACAGGUGAACAAUGGAAAAGGAGAAUUUAUGGUGUCAGUGAAACCUAAAACGUCUUUAUGUGAUGGAACAUUUCAUAAGAUUUCAGUAAUCAAGAGGAAAAAUGUAGUGCAACUAUCUGUGGACACAACAGACAAUUACAAGAUUGGACCACCUUCUUCAACAACCACUUUGACCAAAGACCCACUGUAUAUCGGUGGCAUUCCUGAUCCGUUGAUGCAACAGCUGCUCCCUGUCACAUCAUCCUUUGUGGGAUGCAUCCAGGACAUGAAGAUCAACGAUGACUCAGUCUCCUUCAACAGGCUGUCGGGUGUGUUUGGUCCGGUCAACCUCAAGGAGUGUCCAGGCUGAGCAGAAGCUUCUUCUUACAUCAUCGUCAAACAGACUUUGGGACCAUGUCCACCACCAGCUAUGUGCAAUCAGUUAACAAGACAGAGAAUGUGUUUCUGUGCAAAAAUGUGUGUGUUAUGAGGAUUGUGUUUCUGUUUGCGUGUGUGUGUUUGUGUGUGUGUGUGUGUGUGUGUGUGUGUGUGUGUGUGUGUGUGUGUGUGUGUGUGUGUGUGUAUGUGUGAGUUUUCAAAUGUUUGCAAAAAAUAGAGGUUUGGACAGAAGCAUAAAGGUUCCCAAUUUUUGUGCUCUGUUAAACAUUUCUUUAUUUAUUUUUGAUAGCAUCAUGUAUCAUCAUCGUAUCUUCGUCAGUCCACUGAUUCUCUGUCCACAACCAAAUGCUACUGAACCGGUGUGUGAUCAGUCAAGGCUUUAUUAUGGCCAACCCAGCACUUUAAAAAACAAAA